CAGUUUUGUGUAUCCGUACAACCAAACUCACGGACACACUCAACUGGCCCGAAUGUCAGACAGCGCUCGUAUCAUCGGCAUGGAUGCGUUAUUUCACCACCACAAGUUUGUGUGGGCCACCCAGUUUAACCCCGGGGGGAUCUUUUACAAAGACCUCCAGGACAGGAACCCAAUCACAUCAAACAGUGGAGUCAUAUGUCCAGACUUCCGGAGGCCCCGGGACAUCUCGGCCGAUUGGGUGACAGGGAACCUUUACUGGACGGAUCACUCCCGAAUGCACUGGUUCAGCUACUAUACGGCACAUUGGCGCCGACUUCGCUACUCCAUUAACGUGGGACAGCUGGGGGGUCCCAACUGCACCCGACUCAUCACAGACAUUGAUGGGGAACCCUUCGCUAUUACUGUUAACCCUGUACGCGGGUAAGUGUCCGUUGUUUUUUUAGUCCUGGCUGUUGUA